AUGUCUUAUCAACCGCGAAGCCGAGAGCUCUCCUGGGCGAAACCCCUCUCUGUGGACUUAAUCCUCAAAGUCCUCAACGUCACCUUCCUCCACCCGUUCGUAGCAUGGAUGGUUCCGCUCUGCAUGCGAGCGCAAGCUAUGCCAUGGACAGCUACGGCAAUGCAGCUCUCGAUCGGCUAUGCAGGAAUGUUGACGGCCUUGUUCUUCUUGGGAAAUAUUAACAAGCAAAUCGCAUACUCGAAGCCGCGCAAGGUAGAUUUCUCUGAGGAGGUGAUUGUGAUCACAGGUGGUGCAAGCGGACUGGGUCUUCUACUGGCAGAAGUAUAUGGCAUGAGGGGCGCUACGGUUGCAGUCCUUGAUGUGAAGGACCUCGAGGCUGGCGAAGCGCGGGGUGUGUCGAUGUACAAGUGUGAUGUUGGGGACAAGGAUCAGGUUGCGAAGGUGGCACUUGAUAUUGAAAGAGAUCUCGGAACACCUACUAUUCUUAUCAACAAUGCCGCGGUCGUCAACGGCAAACCACUACUUGACCUCUCGCUGGACGAAAUCGACCGAACUUUCAGGGUCAAUCUGCUUUCGCACUUCUACACGAUCAAAGCCUUCCUCCCGGGAAUGGUCAGAGCGGGAAAAGGGACGCUCGUCACCAUGUCCAGCGUCCUUGGCCAAAUAGGUGCUGGCUCCCUCACGGACUACACAGCCUCUAAGGCUGGAAUUACAGCUAUGCAUAAAUCACUCGCAGCCGAAUUGAAAUCAACGCCCGGGAUCCAGACGAUAUUAGUAACCCCAGGGCAACUUAGCACGCCAUUGUUCAACGGAGUAGUAACCCCGAAUUCGUUUUUUGGACCGGUACUGGAGCCAGUUGACGUUGCGAAGGAACUUAUUGCUGCGAUUGACUCUGGGAGCAGUGCUGUCUUGGCUAUGCCAUUGUAUGCAAGAUGGAUUGACUGGUUGAAUGUCAUGCCAGUGGGUGUGCAAGCUAUUAUCAGAAAUGUGGCGGGCGUUGAUAAAGCGAUGAAGGGGUAUGUUGGACGAGAAGGAACGGGAGAGAAAGAGAGCCUGAUAUAG